AUAGAGUCAGACAGUGUGUGUGUGUGUUUGAGCCUUUGAGGUUUGACAGUUAAAAGUUUGGCUCACGGCAUAAUUACAGUCGAUAGUAGUUGCAUAAGAUUACUGCGAUUACUAAAUACCAAUAAUAAUAUUUGGGUUGUGACUUCUCCCGGAUAUGGUUGUUUGAUUUUCAUCAUCAAGCCUAAAUUGAUAUUAUUGGAAUGUCUAGUCCACGUUCAUCAACUUCGUCGAAUCCACCAGAGAACGGAGCUUCUCUUAUUCCCAAUGAACGUGUGCCUUCUCGAUCAAAUACAAACCCUGCUUUACAAGAGCGACAGCAAAUACCCAGAGAACUAAGCCGAAAUCCAGUUGAUCAAGAUGAGCUUGAAGAUGAAGAAGAGUUAAAAUAUGGAGCAGCCCAUGUAAUUAAACUCUUUGUCCCUGUUUCGCUAUGCAUGAUGGUUGUGGUGGCCACAAUAAGCUCAGUCACAUACUACACGCAAAAAGGAAUUUAUUUAGUUUAUACACCAUUCCAUGAAGAUAGUCCUGACACUGGAACCAAAGUGUGGAAUGCUGUUGCUAAUGCAGCCAUUCUUUUGGGUGUCAUUGUAGUGAUGACAGUUUUUUUAAUUAUGUUGUAUAAAUAUCGCUGCUAUAAAAUUAUUCAUGGAUGGUUGAUAAUGUCCUCGCUGAUGCUGCUGUUCAUAUUUGCAUACCUUUACCUUGGGGAGGUUUUGAGAACAUACAAUAUUCCAUUAGACUAUAUUUCACUACUCUUCAUCAUGUGGAAUUUUGGAGUUGUUGGAAUGAUUGCAAUUCAUUGGAAAGCCCCUCUUCAUUUACAGCAAGCCUACUUGAUCUUUGUUGCUGCACUCAUGGCAUUAGUUUUUAUCAAAUAUCUCCCUGAAUGGACUACAUGGGUUGUUCUGGGUGUGAUUUCCAUUUGGGACUUGGUAGCAGUUCUCUCCCCUCGUGGACCUUUACGGAUUUUGGUGGAGACGGCACAGUCUAGGAAUGAGCCACUUUUCCCUGCUCUUAUUUAUUCUUCUACGGUCGCAUACAUGGCUGUAAUGGCCACAGACCAGUCAUCAACAAGCAAUUCCACUAGCAAUAAUGAAACUGCUGCCAAUGGACCAAGGAGCCCUACAGACGGUGGCUUCACACCCGCCUGGAGUCAGGAGGCCGAGCAGAGAACUGAAGCAAGGAGACAUAGAGUUCAAGCCGCGGCCACAGAGGCUCCUAGAGCUGCACCUCAACCCCAACCAGUUACAGAAGAAAUUGAUGAUGAUGAGGAAGAAAGAGGCAUAAAGCUUGGAUUAGGUGAUUUUAUUUUCUACAGCGUCUUGGUUGGAAAGGCCUCUUCAUAUGGAGAUUGGAACACUACAAUUGCCUGCUUUGUUGCAAUCCUGAUUGGAUUGUGUCUGACUCUGCUGCUACUGGCAAUCUUCCGUAAAGCCCUUCCUGCUUUGCCUAUUUCUAUUACAUUUGGGCUGGUGUUCUAUUUCGCCACAAGUAAGCUUGUAGCCCCAUUUGCUGAUUCACUUACUGCCCAACAGGUUUUUAUUUGAUCACUUGUAUUUAAGCCUAAGCUUUUUUUUGUCCAACAAAUUGAACUCAAUUAAUUGUAAUGUUUUAACUAACAUGAAAAAUAAAAAGAUCUUGAAUAAG